AUCUCUGUCCUUCAUGUACUAUACAUUGUUUUCUGUGGUCUAGUCAAAAAGCCAUGUACACUUGCCUGCCCUUUGAAGACCAUUUUAAAGAAUUCUUCUAAGACAACUGAUAAGAAGAUAUCUUCUGGACUUCCCUGGUGGCUCAGUGGAUAAGAAUAUGCCUACCAAUGUAGGGGACAUAAGUUCAAUCCCUGGUUGGAGGGAGAUUCCACACGCCAUGGAGCAGCUAAGCCCGAGAGCCACGACUACUGAGCCUGUGCUCUAGAACCUGUAAGCCACGACCAUUGAAGUCUGCUCACCUAGAGUCAGUGCUCCACAACAGGAGAAGCCCUGCAGUGAGGAGCCCACACACCCCAACCAAGAGGCGCCCAACAACAGCCAAAAAUAAACAAAUGCAUUUAAAAAAAGGAUAUCUUCCAAGUCAUAGGGAAAUGAGCAAUGCAGACUGGGUCUAAGUGAAGGCAAUGCCAAAUUUCACAGAUGUGACAGAAUUUGUUCUUCUGGGGUUGACCAGUCAUCAGGAACUUCAAGUUCUCUUUUUUGUGGUGUUUCUAGUAGUUUACAUGAUCACUCUGAUAGGGAACAUUGGUAUGAUUAUUUUGAUCAGCAUCAGCUUCCAGCUUCAGAGCUCCAUGUACUUUUUCUUGAGUCAUUUGUCUUUUGUGGAUGUGUGGUUCUCUUCCAAGGUCACUCUGAAGAUGCUGGAAAACUUACUAUCAGGGACAAAAACCAUUUCCUAUGUGGGGUGUUUGGUGCAGUGUUACUUCUUCACAGGCCUUGUCCACGUGGAAGUAUGUAUCUUGGCUGUGAUGGCCUUUGAUCGCUACAUGGCCAUCUGCAGCCCUCUGCUUUAUGGCAGUGAAAUGUCCAGGACUGUCUGUGCUCGUCUCAUCUCUGUGACAUACAUCUGUGGGUUCUCUGUUAGCCUAAUCUGCACACUGUGGACAUAUGGCCUGUACUUCUGUGGAAACUUUGAAAUCAACCACUUCUAUUGUGCUGACCGUGCUCUUAUCAAGAUUGCCUGUGGAGGGGUCCACAGUAAAGAAUGCACCAUGAUUGUUAUUGCUGGGAUGAAUUUCACAUAUUCCCUCUCAGUGGUUCUCAUGUCCUAUACCCUCAUCAUAGCGGCCGUGCUGCGCAUGCGCUCUGCCGAUGGCAGGAGGAAGGCAUUCUCCGCGUGUGGGUCCCACCUGACAGCUGUUGCCGUGUUUUAUGGGGCUCUCCUCUUCAUGUAUCUCAGGAGGCCCACUGAAGAGUCUGUGGAGCGGGGGAAGAUGGUGGCCGUGUUUUACCCCACAGUGAUUCCCAUGCUGAGUCCCAUGAUCUACAGUUUGAGGAACGAAGAUGUGAAAGAGGCGGUCAACAAAGCAAACGUCAAGGCAAGCUUGAGGCAGUGAACCUGCAGUACAUAAUUCCGGGUAUGCCGCUUCCUGUUAUAAAUGUCCAGGCAUAUAAAUAACCCUGUUUAAAAUAGACUGUAUACAGGCAACACAAAUAUACUAAGAGGUCCAGUCUAACACAGUGAUGGUUUACCCCAUGAACGGACUCUCAGGACUAAGCCUCCUUUAUCUACAUAUGCAAACAUUCUAACCCUGACCUAUUACUGUGAGUCCCAGUGUAUGUGAAACUGUGCUAAGUGUGGUGAUCGGAUAACUCAUAAACACAUUUGGAUAAGCACACGUUAAACUGGAGUUAUCUUUGUAAGACUUGAAUAUGCUUUCUUAGGAUAUUUUCUAUAUAUAAUUGCUUUUCACUUGUUUUAUAAGUAAUAUAUAAUUUCAUGAGAAAAAAUUAAGACUUCAUCACUUUUCCAUGAAUAUAAACGUUGCUGGAUCCUCAUUUACCAAAAAAGCUUUCAAUAACAUUCAUACAUGCAUGGACUCUUGAAAACAAACAUGUAUUCAGAAUCUUCAACUAGUGUCAUGAAUCAAUCAGAAGGUUAACUCUCAGUAUGUAUUGCUCUAUAAUUAACAGUAUUUGUAUUUCAAACAAUCUGUUGACUCACCGUAAUUGUACUCUUUGGUUUGGAUUUUGUCUAGUUGUUUUUCUCUUCAUUAAUUUAAAUAGGUGAAAAAUUUCUGAGUAAAGCCUAUUAUGUCCUUCUCAUAGUUUAAAAAAAUGAAGCAAUAUGGAUUUUUGUCAUUUAAAAUCUAACUUUUGAUCAGAAGAAUGUCCUGUUAAACAUUUCAUUGCUAUGAUGAAGGUAUUGUUUGAUUCCAAAGUCUUGUCACUAACAUUACAUUCUUAGGUCUGUAUUUAGCUCCUUAAGUCUGAUUACACAUUUACAAUUCAAUUUAUGUUGAUUGGUGUCCACUUAAUCUACCUUCAUUCUUAAUAUAAGUGGAAUGCAUUUUUUGUCCUUGUUGACUCUUGCUAAUAAUACCAGCAUAAAAGCAAAUCGGAAGCAGAAGCAAUUUCUCAUGAAUGAGUUUAUUCUUGUUUAAGGGCUAAUCCAGUUAAGAGGGGUGCACAACUGAACGUGUGGAGAAAGACUCUGAGAAGUAACAGUUACUUGUGGUAGUAUCACGGGAAAGAUGGAUUCAUUUAAGCACAGAAAGUAUUGUUACUCAGGCUAAUUUACUAAUUGCCCACAAGCCACAUUCCCUCAGAUUGGUUCUGAGAAAAAGCAGAUGGUGGGAGGAGAGUUCUUUUUCAUAACUUUAGGUUCUAAGUAGGAAGAAAAAGUACUAUUUGAUUAGUAUUGGAAACUACAUUAACAAAGGUUUUUUUUUUUUUAAAUGUUUUUAAAUCACCCAAGUUUACUUCUAACAAGUUGGCGUCAAGUAUGAAAUGAUAGGCUGCUCAAGAAACAAUCGUACGGACAGAGAUCAUUAUAACUUGACCCUUUAAAAUCACAUUUUCUGUGAUCCUUAUGGCAGACAUAUUCCUCAGUGUCCACUAUUUUAUGUUUUAUUUUAUAAGUAAAACCUUUGUCAUCCAGCUGCUCACCACGUCCCAUUGCCCCCGUCAGUGGGAGACAGAAUGCUUCAAGUCUUGGCAAUGAGCCAUCCGUAGAAAGUGGUGCCUGAAACCUAAAGAUCACCUUCUCUAUGUUAAAGCCAUUAGAUACGGACUGUAUUCUCUUCCUUCCCACUUGAAAAUGUUGCCACUGAAAUGAUCACUUUUUACACAAAGAUGGAAACCACAUAUUGAGGGUCUAAUUGCCUUUCCCAAACCCCUUAACUCAUACUGCUGCCUGAGAAAGGAGUAAAUUACUUUAUUAAGUCACUGCAUCUUGGGAGUUCACUUAGCUAUAGUGCUAUAUUUGCUCUUAUAAUACUUUCCAUAAAUGUAUCCUUGGCACUUCACCUCUGCAUCUUACCACUCAGUAGGAUGAUUUUUACCUGAGAAUGAUCAAGUUUCUUUGAAACUAUUCUGGUAUUGAGAGAAGGGCAUCUUGUCUUCUGUCUUAACCAGAAGGAGAAAAACUCAAGGUUCUGAUCUAUAUUAGAUAUUAGGUUAUAUAUCUCUUUGUCCUAAGUACUUGAUGAGUCCUUGGGCUUGUUAUGACCUUUAAGAGUCCAGUUGUCACAUUAACUGGUUUUGGAUCCCUUUUGACCCGUCAUCUAGGCCAUUUCGCCAGCCUUUUUAGGUAUUUACAAGUAUCUUUCUUAAGCUUAGGAAAUCUCAGCUAUUUUUUGUCUGCACUGUGCUUGCAGGUGUAGAUAAGGUGUGUUUUCACCAUACAUUUGAGUCAGCACAUCUUUAACUGUCCUUACUUAUUAGUGGGGCUUCCCCAAUGGCUCAGCAGCAAAGAAUCAUCUGCAAGGCAAGAGACAUGAUUUCAAUCCCUGGGGGAACAUCCCCUGGAGAAGGAAAUGGCAACCUACUCCAGUAUUCUUGCCUGGAAAACCCCGUGGACAGAGGAGCCUGGCGGGUUACAGUCCAUAGGGUCACACAGAGUCGAAGACAACUGAGCAUGCACACACUUACACGCACUUAUUCUGAGUGAAAUUGUUCCCCCAAAAGAUGUGUUAAAUUCCUAACCUGAAGAACUUCAGAGUUUGGUUAUAGGAUAUUAUUUGGAUGUAGGGUUGUUGAAGAUGCAAUUGUUAAUAUGAAGUCAUACUGAAGUACGGUGGACUGUUAAUCCAGUGUGAGUGAUGUCCUUACAAGAAUGAAGGAAUUUGGACACAGAUGUAGAGGGAAGAUGACCAUGAGAAGACAGCAGAGACUGGAAAGAUGCUUACAAGACAAGGAAUGCCUGGGACCAUGAGCAGCUGGAAAAAGCAAGGAAGGAACCUCCCCUAGAGCUUCAUAGAGAGCCUGGUUCCGCCAAUACCUUGACUUCAGACUUGUAGGCUCCAGAACUGUGAGAAAAUAAAUUUUUGUUGUUCUAAGUCAA